AUGCCCCAGACGAGGCCGGUCCCAUUGCCGCGGUUUCAGGGCGUCAUGCUCCUCACAAACAGAGGCGCUAGGAGCUGCUCCGUCUGUGCUGGUUGGUACUCGUCCCACCGACAGCGAACUGCAAGUAUCAAGGGGAACCAUUUGACGCCGUUGUACCGGCCCCAAUGGUGGGGGGCGGACGGCGUUGGCGGGGCAGGGCCCUCCAGCAGCCUUGGAAGCGGUCUUGCCACAGAUGGAAGCCGGAACUGUAAGACAAGGCGCUCUCCGCCGCUGCGGCGCGGCAGGAGGUUUCAUUCUCCUGCCGUCGCUCGUUUCGGUCGCAUCGGGGGCUUUCUAGUGCGUAGCGGCGGCAUCUCCAACGCACCGCGUCUCAUGUCGCGGCAUCUCCAGCGGCGUGCGUGCGUGCGUGCGUGCACGUUUUUCCCUUCUUUCAGCUAG